UGCCCUUGUUUGAUGUCUGUAUCGAUAGUUCGGAUUUACUCCCAAUAAAUUGUUUUAUAAUAAUAACAAUUUCUUGGAGCUUAAAUGUUGUUCACUUUGACUUAAGGACAAAACAAUAGCUCAACAUGACCCUAAGAAAUUACAUAUUUUUUGUUUCUCUGUGUAUCUAUAUGGAGCAGCAAUCUGUUGUUCUCGCAACAGUCUUGGUGACCAACGAUGUCUGGUCGUACUCCGGUGAAAACGGUCCUGACGCCUGGCACUACCACUACCCACUAUGUGAGGACACCAACGCCAGCCUCCAGUCACCUAUUGACAUUGAUACUGACCAGGUCAAAUAUUCUACCCAUUGUGAACCUCUCCGAUUGGACGGCUAUAACAGAAUAUGGAACAACAUUAUGCUGAUGACCAACAACGGCCGAUCAGUCAGAAUCAACAUAGUCGGUAACAUGACUUUGUCCAGAGGUGGUCUCGACGGAACCUACAGGGCGUCUCACAUUCACUUGCACUGGGGCUCUGAUAAUUCUAGGGGAUCCGAACACACGAUCAACGGCAAGGCUUAUCCAUUGGAGAUUCAUACUGUCCAUUACAAUACGUUAUAUCAGAAUGAGCUUUUGGCUUAUAAAAUGGACAAGGGUUUGGCCGUCCUGGGAGUCUUAGUAAAGAUUGGAAAGAGACCAAACGCAAAUUUGAAUUUUUUCUUUGACCAUCUUGAUAAAAUAGAAAAUCCAGGUGUUCUAGUAGAGCUACCAAAAGUGAAUAAGUACCCAUUUCUACCUAAAGACACGUCAAGUUUCUACCGUUACCAAGGUAGUCUGACCACACCAGGAUGUUAUCAGACAGUCGCCUGGACAGUAUUUAGGGACACAAUCACUAUCUCGCAAAGCCAGAUGGACAAACUUCGGUCUCUUCACACGGACAGCACGAAAACGUUUUUGGUGAACAAUUACAGACCAGUCCAGAAAUGCAAUGGACGUACAAUUAUCAGCUGUUAAAUCAAUAACUUUUUAACUAUACCUGUACUUUUGAAUUUGAAGCUAGAUCCUUUUAGCAUUUAGAUUUUUAGCAAUCCCAAAAUUCUUUUCAUAGUACUGUUGAUUUUUACCGGGUUUGAUUUUCUUGUUUGGGUUGUUAGGAACUCUCCUUAUGCUGUCUUUACUAGAUUAUGUUGUAACUGAACUAUAUAUAAACAUACCAUGGCGACUUUUUUUCAACAGCUGAUAAUAUCCAAACAAAAUGUUUAUUUAUUUAAAAAAAAAAAUAAGAUAAGGACCUUAAAAGUACAGAAUCAGAGUCUACGUUU